GGACCGACCGACCGAGCUCCCCCCCGCUCCCAGCGGCAGCAGCCUCGGGCCGGGCCGCGGAGAAGCCCCAGGGCGGCGGCGGGGCCGCAGCGAGCGGGGUGCCCCUGCCCCCCCUGCUCGGGGACCAUGGGAUGCUGCACCGGGCGCUGCACCCUCAUCUUCCUCUGCACUUUGCAGCUGCUUGCUGCAUUAGAGAGGCAAGUGUUCGAUUUCCUGGGAUACCAGUGGGCCCCUAUCCUAGCCAACUUCCUCCACAUCAUCAUCGUUAUCCUCGGCCUGUUUGGCACUAUUCAGUAUAGACCUCGCUACAUAGUGGUGUAUGCCAUCUGGACUGCAGUUUGGGUCACCUGGAACAUCUUCAUCAUCUGCUUUUACUUAGAAGUGGGAGGGCUCUCAAAGGAUAGCGAACUCCUGACAUUCAACAUCUCCCGGCACCAGUCAUGGUGGAGUGAAAACGGUCCCGGCUGUGUAAGGAAAGAGGCUUCAAUGUCUGGCAUCAAAGGGCUGGACAGCCACUCCUACAUCUCCGUGAUAGGCUGUGCCCUGGAGUAUCGGUACAUCGAGGUCAUGCACAGCUCCUUCCAGAUCCUGAUCGCGCUGGUGGGCUUUGUCUACGCCUGUUACGUUGUUAGUGUUUUUACAGAAGAAGAAGACAGCUUUGAUUUCAUUGGUGGAUUUGAUCCAUUUCCUCUCUACCAUGUCAAUGAAAAACCCACCAACCUUUUGUUCAAGCAGACAUACCUGCCUGCGUAAAUAAAGAGGAGCCAGAGGAAGGAUGAACCUUGCACUCCACCAUCAAAGGUGCUGCAGGAAACAAUCCCCUGUGGCCUGGAUCUCUGGCAGAGGAAAUGCAGGAUGGUGAACUCCAUUCCAUUUUUUGUUCCUUGUCUUCUUUUCAAAUGCAAUGAAUGUACAUUGAAGAACGGCCACGCGGUUGGUUUUUAAUUCUCCAAGUGCCCUGAUGAACCAUUCCGACUGUAGUCUGGUGGUACUGGCCAGUAAAUGGCACAGCCCUGAAGACCCCAGGCAGAACAAGUUCACCGAGAGCCUCUCUCAAGUGACACAGUUGAAGUGGGAGCUGCUUCCUUGUGCCAUGGAUCCAUAAAGAAGGAAGCACUGCAUAACACCUUGGGACAUUUCACAUGUUCUGUAGUUAGUUUCUUCCCCUUUCCCUUGUUCUGAAAAAGAGCCUAAAUCCCCUAACACAACUUCACCUCCUCCCUGCUUGGAUAGAACUAGGUGGGGACUAUUUACUUUUGAGUUAUUUAGGCUUUUUUUUUUUUUUUAAAGUUAUAGAUAAGAGCUCUUCCCUUCUUCCCCCACCCAUCCAGGACACCCUUCCUCAUUCUCUAUUCUGUAGACAUGGUCAGCACCUUAGCAGUAGGCAUUUGUCCUGGAUUUUAGUGUUCUGUGACCUAACUCCUAUAAUGCUGAAUGGCUAAAAACUAGUACAAGCACCAAAUCUGUACUCAGCGUGGAGCUUAGCCCCAUUUCAACAUGCCAAGCCAUUCUCAGAGCAGCUGUAGCUUACUCUGGGUUUGCCCAUCUACAUGAAAUUAACACUGGUGUAGCUGUAGGCACAGCUGGAGCCCGCUGCAGGACACUGGGAAAUGCCUGGUUCUUCAUGGGUCAUGGUGGUUUUGUACCUGCCUUCUUCACUGAGCAGCCACACUUAUUCUAGGCACAAACCUGGCAAGAUCCUGACGGAAGGGGGUUUUUGUGACAGGAUAAUUUUAAGGGGAGGGAACGGGCUGAAGGAAAGGGGAAUAUAAGUGUAAUUAAGUUGCAUUAAUGAGCUGCAGCAAUUAAUUAAAAAAAACCAAACAAAACACAAUGUCAGUUUUGGCAGCUAUACGUCUCCCAGAAUGUUAAGUGUCAAGCAGAGAAAGAGCACUUGUCAGCCUUCCGUGGCUGGUACCUCCAAGUGCUGCUGUAAUUCUUUAUUGUCUUGCCUAAUCUGUUUGAGAUUACUUGGCAUUUCUGAGUAAUGCUUUGCAGAAGAGUCAAGCUAGAAGCCAUGCUAGGGAGGGGAAGCACGAGGGAAGAAUGAAAAGAAAUAAAAAACGUUAAGUGCUAAGUCAAA